ACAAUGGGGAGAAAACAGGCACGUGACGUGUCUCACAUGCCAAGUGAAGACACUGGGGAAGAAAUGUCAAUCACCAAACCUAAGAAGAAAAAGUCUAAGAAGGAAAUCAAUGGAGUGAAAGAACCACACGAGGAGACAGAGCCUACUGUUGAAAUGGAAGCGCUACCCAGCUGUAAUCUAUCAGAAAACAAGGAUGCUCUUUCCCCUGAGCCUCAGGACAAUCCACCUCAAAAGAAGAAGAAGAGAAGGAAGAUGGCACAUAUCCUUGAUAUGGAAAGUGAGCAGCAAGGCCUUGUGAAUGGAGACACACAAACAUCACCCACAGUUAGCGACGAAGUUAAUAGGAAAUCUAGAAGGAAGAGGAAGUCUAAAAUAACAGAAAAUCAUCAUAAUAACAGUGUAGAAGUGGAAUGCAUGGAUGUUGUCACUGACGCACAUACUCCUACCUCUCAUCGUCCUCUGUUUUCUGCUCCUCUGGGUCACAGCCAGUCUCUCAGCAAAGUGUUUGUUGAGAGAAGCCGUCGGUUUCAUGGAACAGAUCGGCUGGACCUGGGACAAGAGCAAGUGGAAGAGUUCAUGGAGGUCAGAUCCAUGUGGAACACACGAGAUGUUGCCUUAAGAGUUCACAGUGGCUUCAGGAUCGUUGGCCUCUUCUGUCAUGGAUUUCUGGCUGGCUAUGCUGUAUGGAACAUCAUUGUUAUCUAUGUGCUGGCUGGAGAGCAACUGAAAACACUGUCAAACCUGUUACAGCAGUACCACAGCUUAGCAUACCCUGCCCAGUCUCUACUGUACUUUCUGCUGGCUAUUAGCUCUGUGUCUGCCUUCGACAGGGUGAAUCUAGCCAAGGCAUCUAUGGCUCUGAGAGGGUUCCUCAUGCUCGACCCAGCAGCCCUUGCAUCAUUCAUGUACUUUGCAGCCCUUAUUUUGUCUCUGAGUCAGCAGAUGACUAGCGACCGCAUCAACCAGUACCCCAUUGAUAACGAGUCACUAUGGCCUUCAGGCUUUGAACACCAGAUUCUGCAACCCUGGAUUGUUGUAAAUUUGGUUGUAGCUUUACUGGUUGGACUGGCCUGGUUUUUCAUCUCCACCAGACCUGAUAUGGACUACACAGAAGAGUUCUUAAUAUCAAUGGAGUUAGAUGACUAUCUACAAUACAAGGAGAAAUCAGAAAUCCCGUCCUGAAAAUCUCAGACAACUGGCAUCAGUGUUUCUGAAGCAUGACAUAUUGUGGCAUGGACAAGGAAUA